AUGUCUAACAUCUACGCUCUCGAGCCACAUACCAAUGCUAAAGUAAUUCUGCAUACAACAUCGGGUGAUAUCGAGAUUGAAUUAUGGGGCAAAGAAGCUCCUCGAGCAACACGUAACUUCAUUCAACUAUGCCUGGAAGGAUACUACGACAAUACCAUAUUCCAUCGUAUUGUUCCAGAUUUUCUUGUUCAAGGUGGUGAUCCCACAGGGACAGGGCAAGGUGGAGAGUCUAUUUAUGACGAUGGCUUUCCUGACGAAUUUCACUCGAGAUUACGAUUUAACCGUCGAGGUCUUGUGGGCCUUGCAAACACUGGACAAGACGAUAAUGGAUCACAGUUCUUUAUUACAUUGGAUCGAGCAGAUGAGCUCACAAAGAAGCACACAUUAUUUGGUCGGGUUGCUGGUGACACACUGUUUAAUGUCAUGAAGAUGACAGAGUUGGAAGUAGAUGAAAAUGAGAGGCCAUUAUAUCCUCCAAAAAUCAAGAGCGCAGAGGUCGUGUUGAAUCCUUUUGACGAUAUCAUCCCUAGAAUCUCUGCUCAAGAGAAAAAGAUGGCAAAAAUGCUGGAAAAGAAGAAAUUGGAAGCCGAGCAAGCGAAAAAGAAGAAGAAGGGCGCUAAAAAGCAGUUGAAUCUGUUAUCAUUUGGAGAGGAGGCAGCUGAAUUGGAACCACCUGUAGACGAAACAAAGAAGCCUAAAAUGAAGAGCACUUACGAUUUCAUGGAGAAUGCAGUGCCUACACCAGCAGACUUGUUACAAGAGAUCAGUCAGCCCGUAGCCGAUGAUAAAAAGGAUGAGAAGAAACCAUCAAUGCAGGAAAAGUUGAAAGAAAAAUUGCGACAGAUGGAAGAACGGAAAAAUCAGGAAGAGGCAUCGAAGCAAACCGAGAAGAUGGAGGACAUUACAGAGACCAAGACACCCAUUGACACGGCAGCCAGCACUAUUGAAAAGUUAAAGCAGGACAUUCGCAAUAUAUCCAAGGUAUCAAAUGACGAGCCAAUGCCUGAGCCAAAGAAGGAAAAGAAGAUUUCUCUGGUUGCCCUUGAGCGUGAAAAAUAUGCCUCUAAACAGAAGAAGAACAAGAAGAAGGCCAAUAAAGAAGAUGACAGUGAUGUGUUUAACAAAUUAAUGGCAUUCAGACAAAAGAUUUCAAGUGCAAAGCCUGAAGAUACAUCUACAACCAAAAAGGAGCAAAAGAUUUGUCAAUUACACGACAUUCCCAACUGCGAAUCAUGCUUUGAUGCCAGUAUGCUUGAAGAGGGCGACGUGACAGACGAAGGGUGGAUCUCCCAUCAGCUGAUCUUUGACAAAGAUCUCAAAGGAAAAGAUUUGAUGCAGCGAAAGGAAACAGUGGAUGAUUAUGUUGUCAUUGAUCCUCGAGAUAGAGAAGCAAAGGCUAAGCAAGAAGAAUUUGAUAGAAAGAAAGCUACAAAGAGCAAGAUAGCACCUGCCUUCCGCAACUCAGAAAGGGACAGAGACAGAGAACGAGAUAGAGAUGAUCGUAAAAGACGUUACCAUGACGACGAUCGGUAUAGUAGCAGCGGCAGCAGCAACAAAAGACGAUAUGACGAUGAUAGAUCAAGCAAAAGAAGACAAUAA